UGGACGCCGGUCCCAGCGGCUAGACUGCGCAUGCGUGUCAGUGGCGUUAGCAGCAGCCGGGACUGGCAGUUCCUUCCUCGGAAGGAGAGAUUCCUCUGCCAUGGAGUCCUACGAUGUAAUCGCCAACCAGCCUGUCGUGAUCGACAAUGGAUCCGGCGUGAUUAAAGCUGGUUUUGCUGGUGAUCAGAUCCCCAAAUACUGCUUUCCUAACUAUGUGGGCAGACCCAAGCACGUGCGUGUCAUGGCAGGAGCCCUGGAAGGAGACAUCUUCAUUGGCCCCAAAGCUGAGGAGCAUCGAGGGCUGCUGUCCAUCCGCUACCCCAUGGAGCAUGGCAUCGUCAAGGACUGGAACGACAUGGAGCGCAUUUGGCAGUAUGUCUAUUCUAAGGACCAGCUGCAGACCUUCUCAGAGGAGCAUCCUGUGCUCCUGACAGAGGCGCCUUUAAAUCCACGGAAAAACCGGGAACGAGCGGCUGAAGUUUUCUUCGAGACCUUCAACGUGCCCGCCCUUUUCAUCUCCAUGCAAGCCGUGCUGAGCCUUUAUGCCACAGGCAGGACCACGGGCGUGGUGCUGGACUCCGGGGAUGGCGUCACCCAUGCUGUGCCUAUCUACGAGGGCUUCGCCAUGCCCCACUCCAUCAUGCGCAUCGACAUCGCCGGCCGCGACGUCUCUCGCUUCCUCCGCCUCUACCUGCGCAAGGAGGGCUACGACUUCCACUCAUCCUCGGAGUUCGAGAUCGUCAAGGCCAUAAAAGAAAGAGCCUGCUACCUGUCCAUAAACCCCCAGAAGGACGAGACCCUGGAGACGGAGAAGGCCCAGUACUACCUGCCAGACGGCAGCACCAUUGAGAUUGGUCCUUCCCGAUUCCGCGCACCCGAGCUGCUGUUCAGGCCAGACCUGAUUGGCGAGGAGAGCGAGGGCAUCCACGAGGUGCUGGUGUUUGCCAUCCAGAAGUCGGACAUGGACCUGCGGCGCACGCUUUUCUCCAACAUCGUCCUCUCCGGCGGCUCCACCCUGUUCAAAGGUUUUGGUGACAGGCUACUGAGUGAAGUGAAGAAGCUGGCUCCGAAGGACGUGAAGAUCAGGAUAUCUGCGCCCCAGGAGAGACUCUACUCCACGUGGAUCGGAGGCUCCAUCCUUGCCUCCCUGGACACCUUUAAGAAGAUGUGGGUCUCCAAGAAGGAAUACGAGGAAGACGGCGCCCGGUCCAUCCACAGGAAGACCUUCUAAUGUCGGGACAUCCUCUUCACCUCUCUCUGAAGUUAACUCCACUUUAAAACUCGCUUUCUUGAGUCGGAGUGUUUGCGAAGAACUGCCUGCGUGUGCGUGUGCGUGUGCGGAUAUAUGGGUGCGGGUGCGGGUGUGGGUGCGUGUCUGAGUGCGUGUGUGUGCGCGGAUGCCAGUGCCCUGUGGCCUGGUGACCCAGGGCCCAGAAAGGACGAUGAACGACCACAUGGUGAUGGCCGUGGCCUGCGGCUGACCGGGCCCUAGCAGGGCGCCCCACUCCUUCAUCAGCUGGGCCUCGGACUGUGGGGGACUCUGCACCACCAUCCGGGGGCAAGAGGGAGGGAGAGCCACACCCCCAGAUCAUGCUGCUGCCCAUCCAAGCCGGGGCUCACCAACCCCACCCAGCAGCUGUCCCCCUUGCUUGUCAUUCUGUUCUCAGGUCUCCUGGUCACCGAGCAAGGAUGGGGGCCGGGCGAGUUCUGGCUAGUUUGCUGGCGGGUCGGGCUUGGGAGGCAGGAAAGGACAUUUCUCAGCUUCACGGGGCCCCAGGACUGCGGCGGGCACGAGAGGAAGGCUGGGGGUGCUCAGAGACCGUUGGCCCCAGGUCCUGUUUCUUGCUUCACGUCCGUCCCUGGGCGAUGCCAUCAUCCUCUAACAGUUUUAUUUAUUGAAGUGUUUGUUCAUUCGGGGACCGGAGAGAGGGAGCCGCUCGCUUCCUGCUUGCCAGUCACCCCGUCACACUCAUGUUUACAGCACUAGGCUUAGCGUAGCACCCAGGGCCCCGCCACUCCCUGCUCCCGAGACCAGACGGUGUCCCUCAGCACCGUUGGGGUCCCGGCGGCCCUCACUCACUCCACUUCCCCUCCCUCCUCCGCCUGCUCGCUGGCCUGCAACCAACAGGCCGGGUGCUGGUUGGGUUUCCGACACAGGAGGUAGGAAGCAGAGGCUCCUCGCAGAAGAGGUCUUGGGGGGUCUGGCUCCCUUAGGGCUGGCAGUAGCCACACUGACCAAAUUGCCUUUUCUCACCGGAACGACGGAGGGGUGCCGGCCUGUGACGGCACGAAGGCAGACUUUGUACCGUUCUUGUCUUUGGACUUGACUGCUCAGGAGGGAGGCGUUCCCGGGUCCCAGCCCCGGGGCUGACCUCACAGUGGUCCACACGCCCUUCUGCCCGGAUAUAGCGGAGCUGGCUCCCUCGCCUGUGACGCCCAGCCCUGUCCCAGCAGCGCCCCGAGGCCAGCAGUGCCCGACCCCCUCCCCUCCCAACGCCAUCUGAUGACCAAAGGUCUUGCCAGGUGUGGGCCACAGCAGCAGGUGUGUGUGAAAGCGAUGUGGCAAGCCGCGGACUGCAGUGUGCUUAACCAGCUCACCCCCUUCUCUUAGCCCAAGCCUGUCCCCCGCACAGCCUCGCACAAACCAUGAUGCCUGGUGGGGCCCAGUGUACGUAAAUAAAGUCGUUCCAAUCUCCGUGUCA